AUUAUCAGUUUGGAAAAAGACAUAUAAUAAGCAAAACACCUACAUUUAUUAAAACAAUUAAAAAUUGUGAAUAUCAUAAAAAAUGAAUUUCAAUAAUUUGUUCGUUGCUUUGGUUUUGGCCGUAUGCCUGGGACAAAGUGAGGCUGGCUGGUUGAAAGAUUUCGGAAGGAGAAUUGAACGUGUCGGCCAACAUACUCGUGAUGCCACCAUCCAGGCCAUCGGUGUGGCGCAACAGGCAACAGAUGUGGCAGCAACGUUGAAAGGAAAAUAAAGGAGGUUUUGCAUGAAAUAAUUUUAAGGAUAUGAUAGGCGUUAUUUAUUUUGAAUAAAUAAAUGUAAAAAAUAAAACAAA